AUGAUUAUGAUAGGAUUGGGUAUUCAGGCACCUGGUCUCCUGACAAUAUCAGAAAGUGCGUCUACGUUGCAUUUUGAGCCGGACCCGCGGUUCGAACGUGUGCGGACGGAGGGGAUGGGGGCUUACCAGGUGUAUGUUGAUUUGAGAGAUCUUGUAGAAUGUGGAGCUGUUACUGUACCAACUAGCGAGCUCGAAGGAGAGCCUGUUCCUGAAGGAACGUUUGGUCACUACGGGAAGGCCGAUCCAGACGAGAAUGCAGCUCAUUUUCUUCAACUACAGCUUAGCACACUGCAUGGGCGUCGUAAACACCGAGUCGCCUCCUUUGAUAGUGGGAGCCCAUCACAGUCCAUCUCGGACGACAAUGUUGUUGUUUUCCAAUUCCCCAGUCGGGAAAAGUUGUAUAGGAUAGCACAUAGAUUGAUCGAUAUCAUUGAUGAUAUCGCGGAAGACCGUGAAGGUAAUUCUGGCGAGAAGCAGCUUCCCGGAGUGUAG